CUCAAACACCCUUUGUCUUACGUACAGGCAAACACAUCGCUUUAAUAAACAAUGUUGUUCAAGGUACUACUUCUGGCUGUAGUGUGUGUGUUAGCUGUGACAGCUGAGCAUGGAUAUUCAUCACAACAUGUCCACAAACACGAUGGACACCAUGAGACCGUAGAAGUCAAAGGCGAACAUGGACAUCAUCACUUCGACUAUUAUACUCAUCCUAAGUAUGAGUUCGAGUACGAGGUGAAGGAUGGUCACACCGGAGAUCAUAAGGAGCAACAUGAGCACCGCGACGGUGACGUCGUCAAGGGUCACUACUCCCUGCAUGAGCCUGAUGGUUCCAUCAGACACGUGCACUACCACUCCGACAAGCAUUCCGGUUUCCACGCUGAUGUGAAACACAGCACCCACCACAUCGUGCCCAAACAUCAUGAUCAUCAAGCCAGAAGCAAACAAGGCGCACCCCCACCACCUCCGGACUCGUCGCUCAGCUCCGCCUCGCCGUCGCCGGACCCCAGCCCCGCAGGAUCACCGGUGACAGCAGUUGCGUCGAGCUCGAGCGACGACUAUUUCUCCCCGCCGACGUCGCCGACACCUGUACGUCGGCCGGGGAGAGGCCGGCCACCGACGGGCUUGGGAGCCAGGGGCCAACAGGCCCCGGGACGGGUCCCCGCUACCGGUGGUUGUGUGCGGCGCAUGAAAUGGUCUCAAACCAUAAAUGAGAACGUCAUGCGCUCGUACUACGGUGCUACAGAGGGAGGGACUAACCUCACUGCGUACCGUGAAAGGAUGCUUUCUAUAUUUCAGGUUCUUGAGCCAUCUAUCAACGUCUCGGCCCAACGACUGUCGGAUCAGGUGCGGGUCAUCCAACGCAAUCGCAGGUUGGAUGAGGCUGCGCUUGAUCGGCUACGCCUAGAAGCACUGCGCAAUCGUGUCGUCCCUGCACCACCACAAUCGGUGGCACAAACACCUAUAGUCUCACAAUGUGUGACGCCAACCACCCCUAUCGUUGGUGUGGAGGAUGACAGGGUUGAACAAGUGAGUACUCAGUGCAAUGAACGAUUGAGGAGUGCUUUGGAGGAUGCGAAACUGAAAAUGUACUUCAAGGUCCUAUGCAUCGUUACUGUCGUCGCAGUGGCCGUAUCAGCGGAAUAUGGUCACUCCUCUCAGCACAUCCAUAGACAUGAUGGACAUCACCAGGUUGUGGAAUUCAAGGAUAAACACGGACAUCACCAUGUCGACUACUACGCUCAUCCCAAAUACGAAUUCGCCUACAAGGUGGACGACAAACACACCGGUGACCACAAGGAACAACACGAGCACCGCGACGGACACGACACCAAGAGCGACUACAAAGUCCACGUAGAACACAUUGUGCCCCAUCACCAUCAUCAUCAUGAGCACCAUUAAUCGAUUUAUGAACUACCAAGAAUAUACUCGUAAUACUCAAACUGUUGUUGAUUUGUGCGUAGGAUGUUUUAC